AUGACGCAGCAAGUGCUAGUAGCAAGUUUAAAGAAAAGCAACGAGCCGCUCGAAAUUGCUACGUCGGAUCAUAGGAGGCCGUCCAAGUUGAAGACAACGCACGACGUCACCGCCGCGUCCGCCACCGCAAGCAUCGCCAGCGAUCAGUAUAGCGCGAUUAUCCGCGGUGAGGGUUACAGCCACAUCUACGUUACCACCGAGGAUAGAUCCGACGAGGUCCCGUCGCCGUGCGGCAACGUGAGCGAGAGCACCGGCACCGGCAGCCUCAGUGCCGUCGCCAGCAUCAGCGUCGCCGGCAGCAUCAGUAGCGGUAGCGGCAACGGCAGUCGAAAUGGGGGUAGCGGCAGCGGCAGUCGAAAUGGGGGUAGCGGCAGCGGCAGUCGAAAUGGGGGUAGCGGCAGCGGCAGUCGAAAUGGGGGUAGCGGCAGCGGCAGUCGAAAUGGGGGUAGCGGCAGCGGCAGUCGAAAUGGGGGUAGCGGCAGCGGCAGUCGAAAUGGGGGUAGCGGCAGCGGCAGUCGAAAUGGGGGUAGCGGCAGCGGCAGUCGAAAUGGGGGUAGCGGCAGCGGCAGUCGAAAUGGGGGUAGCGGCAGCGGCAGUCGAAAUGGGGGUAGCGGCAGCGGCAGUCGAAAUGGGGGUAGCGGCAGCGGCAGUCGAAAUGGGGGUAGCGGCAGCGGCAGUCGAAAUGGGGGUAGCGGCAGCGGCAGUCGAAAUGGGGGUAGCGGCAGCGGCAGUCGAAAUGGGGGUAGCGGCAGCGGCAGUCGAAAUGGGGGUAGCGGCAGCGGCAGUCGAAAUGGGGGUAGCGGCAGCGGCAGUCGAAAUGGGGGUAGCGGCAGCGGCAGUCGAAAUGGGGGUAGCGGCAGCGGCAGUCGAAAUGGGGGUAGCGGCAGCGGCAGUCGAAAUGGGGGUAGCGGCAGCGGCAGUCGAAAUGGGGGUAGCGGCAGCGGCAGUCGAAAUGGGGGUAGCGGCAGCGGCAGUCGAAAUGGGGGUAGCGGCAGCGGCAGUCGAAAUGGGGGUAGCGGCAGCGGCAGUCGAAAUGGGGGUAGCGGCAGCGGCAGUCGAAAUGGGGGUAGCGGCAGCGGCAGUCGAAAUGGGGGUAGCGGCAGCGGCAGUCGAAAUGGGGGUAGCGGCAGCGGCAGUCGAAAUGGGGGUAGCGGCAGCGGCAGUCGAAAUGGGGGUAGCGGCAGCGGCAGUCGAAAUGGGGGUAGCGGCAGCGGCAGUCGAAAUGGGGGUAGCGGCAGCGGCAGCGGUGGAGUGCACAUCGGCGAGGGUGGCGCUAUCGGAUCCGACGUUAGGAUUUACGUGGACGACACGGACUCGGCGAGCAGCAGCAACGGGCAGCGGCGCGGCGGCAGAUUGACGCGCGACGACGAGACCCUGGAUGCCUCGACCAGCGUCUCCUCCGCUACGACGAUGAGAGACGGUGGUGGCGAUGACCGCACCGACGAUAACAAGGAGACAUCCGAGAAACCGUCCUCCGCCGGUGGACCGUUGGAUCCUUCUUAA